AUGGCACCACCGACAGCUGGAGCGAAGAAGAACAACAGAAGGAGAAAGAAGAGAAGAACAGAGGACUUUUCGUCAGACUCCGACUCGUCGUCUUCUGACUCUGAACAAGAACAACUGACUCAAAAUCACAUAGAAGAGGCUGAAGAUGAGCUUCCCAAGGAAAACAUAAACAUAGAAGAAAUUGAUAUAGAGUCUGACACAGAACAAGGGCUGAAUGGGAAACUUGUUCCUGAGAAGUUGAGUCUCGAACAAACCAAAGAUCUUCAGCAUAUUAAACUCACAUCUACACCUUUGAGCAACUUGACUACAAAUCCGAAGACUAUAGCCAACGCCGAACAGAUUCAACAGGCUUUGACAAAAGACAGAAAGGAGCUCAACAAUGAGUAUUUGAAAUUGAUGGCUGGCGAGUUCGGCAACGACUUAGACGAGUUGAGAAAGAAACCGGAUUUCACGGAUAAGUCUUUGGUGACGUUGGCCAAGGCAUUGCAGUCUGGAAGUAACAUGUUCGAUGUGGAUACGUUGAACUCCAUCCUCAAGUAG